GCUUGUGUAGUGUUCUUUCUGCUUGCAGAGUGUAGUUGUACACAAGCCUCAACUGUUUCUCAGCAAUGUAUGGAGGAUACGAGCACUUUCCUCUGGGAGAUUAACCAGGACAGGCCAAAGGAAUAUGCUGUUUUCAUGUAUGAUGCAUUUGGAAAGAUGGGUAGUAAUGUCGAAGGAGGUAACACCAACCAGCCGGGCUUGCUGCAGCAGUGUCACUCUGCGCAUGGUCCCACCUUCUCCGGACAGUACUGUCAGGUGUUCAUUAGGCAGGGAACAGUCCAGUACUUUGUGGGUAUCUGUGUUCCUGACUCCUGUGGAGAAGAGGAUGUGCAAAUGUUGGUGCAGUACGGGAGACUUCGGUUUGGUCAGACGCCUCUCAUUCCUCCUUUACCUCCCAUCCUGGUCAAUGAGUCCACUCAGGAGAUUAUCAUGACCCACUGUAUGUCCACCACUGUUGCUCCCAAUGCAUCAGAUGUCACCUGCCUGUUUGUGUGUUGUGUAAUGGUAGCACUUCCUCUUGCAGCAACCUUGUUGACAGCUGUAUUAAGGUGGCAGAGGAACAGGGAGGUCAGUCCAUCUGUAGAGUCCUGUUUAAAUACUGGCCUCAGUCUUUAUGGAACCCUGAAAAACAAUGGCUCCUCUAGCAGUGAAAUGACUAAUAGCACUGGGGAGGACAACAACAGGCACACACCACUGUGUUUUCCUCAAAGCUGCAUGUACCAGUGGCUGCAGGCGUUCUCGCUACAGACUACCAGCCAAGGUGUCUUCAGCAGCUCCUCAUCCAACCCAGGAGGAGGCUUCUCCUCUGUCAAUGGCAUCCGUGUUCUCAGCCUUUUAUGGAUCAUAUGUGGUCACUCUGCACAGUUCUCUGUAAUGAAUAGCUUGGAUAACUUCAAUGACUGGAAGAAUGCGGUAGAAAGCAGCCCUCUGUAUGUGUUUACCUUCAGUGGACCUGCUUUUCUCGCUGUAGACACCUUCUUACUGCUUGGAGGUCUGCUUAGCGCCAGGUCUCUGCUGGGCUCCAUUGACAGGGCUGAAGGCAAACUGAGCCCCAGUCUGGUGGCCAGCUACCUCUUCAAGAGAAUUAAAAGGGUUCAGCCGCUGCAUCUGUUCAUUAUGUGUCUAACCAUUAGCCUCCUCUCUCUGGUCCAGUGGGGACCCUACUGGUUCCCAUUCCUAGAGACACUGAUGGACUGUAAGACAUACUGGUGGGCUAACUUGCUAUUGAUUAGCAAUCUCCUUCCAGUUCAUGAGAUAUGUAUUCCUUGGACAUGGUACUUGUCUCUGGACUUCCAGUGUUAUGCCACCACUCCUCUGUUGCUCUAUUUUUACAGAUUGAACAAAGGUGUGUUUGUGGCUGUGGCAGGAGGCCUCCUGUUGAUGACCACUGCUACUGGUGCUGUUACAACUGCACUCCUACAUCUGCCAGUCUUUCAGCCAUCUACACUAACAUCUGAGAAUUAUGCCUCAUAUUACUAUGUGAAACCCUACACAAGAUAUGGGCCAUUUUUAUUAGGGAUCUUGACUGGAAUGUACUUGAUGACAAAGAAAGGCCAGCUCUUAAAGCAAAAGUGGCAGGUAGCGCUUGGUUGGUUCUGCUGUCUUUCACUCAUGGCUGUGCUGGUUGGAUUGGCCUAUGUCCUCAAGGAGACCCCAGCCUAUUCAUCUGUCCCACAUGCCCUCUAUCAGGGAUUGCAUAGAUCGCUGUGGGCUCUGGCUAUUACCUGGAUCAUACUGGCCUGUGAGGAGGGUUAUGGAGGUUUUAUCAAGAGCUUCUUAUCACUGGGAUUCUGGGUUCCACUCUCCAACAUUAGUUUCGCUUGCUAUCUGACGCACCCUAUCUUCAUUGUUCUCUAUAUUGGUUUACAAGAGACCCCGAUCCAUUACACAGACAUCAACUUUAUGUAUCUGUUCCUUGGUCACCUGGUUCUGACACUGAUAGUAAGCUACGUGUUGACUGUGCUGGUCGAGAAGCCCUACCUUCUUCUAAAAUAGAGCAGUAUAUAGAUGCAAGUCAGAGCAUAACGGAAGCUCCAGUUAUUAAAGAUAAAAUUAGCACGCUUACAUUUAACUACAGUAAAUAUUGAAUCUGUCUGAGUUACUGUCAUUAGUGUUGCUGCCAGAUACACUUUCUACUGUAUAAUUCUGUGUUAUUUACCUGCAUUUAAAAGAUGUAACAUGCACUGUUUAACCCCUGCUGAAGAAUGGCAAUGAAUGAAUGUUACGCAGUGAAUCUCUGUACACAUGAUUUGCUGCCCAGCAGUUCACUCACCAUCGGUUGUUACUUCCAGAGACCUUAAGUGUGAAGCCACAGAACUUCAUCCCAGGUUUGUUAAAGGCACCAACAAUCCAGUAUUAUUUCCUCUGGUGCAUAGUAGGCUUACAAGGCACCACAAGAACGAGUGUGCAGACACAAGCGUUAACAUAAUGGCAUGAAGACUAAAAGGACAUGACAUAACUUUAAUGGUUUAUGUCCUCAUCUUCUUCUGUUUAUUAAACGUGUAACGACAAAUGAAGCUCUUAGUUGAGCGUGUGCACGUGGG